CUCGCAUCAAUAUCCACAUUUUCCACAACCUGCGAGUUUUCUCCGUCUGAGCUUCCAUGGUAGCAUAGCACACAUGAGAUAAGGCUAUGAGCAAGAAGCUAUUUCCUCUUUCCUAUCCGUCUUUAGAAACCCCUGCUGCUUCUCUUGGUCCCAAAUUUGGCUGCUUGGGCGCUGUCUUAGAGCUGCUGCUGGUCAGUUCCUCUCCCAUUCUCCGUCCAGUAGUUUCGUCAAACACAUUCUCCACAUCCGGAAUUGCAACGUGCAAGCUUCAUCUCUUCCUGAAUAGAAGACCCUUUUCCACUAACCAGGCAAAUUUUCUACCCGGAAGAGGUUUUGGUAUUGGGAGAGCUGUUAUUUCCAGAUGCUCCCUCUUUUCGAAGAACAAAGCAGAUGCCUGGUUGGAUAAUUAUUCUUCUUUGCCUGAAAUACUGAAGAAAUAUGGAAACCUUUGCCCCGAGAUCAUCCGUCGUUUCUGGCGUGUUUCCACAUUGAGUCCUGGAGAUUUCCUGGAGUUGUCAAUGAGCUUCGAAGCAGGCAAAGAUUCGAUUUUUAUGGUGGAAUUCCUAUGGACGUUGUUCAAUUGGGCUCCUAGACAAAGCAGGAACUUUCAUCAUCUGCCAAGGUCGUAUGAGAUAAUGAUCUCCAUGCUUAUCCGAUCUCAGAUGUUUGCCGAUGCCGAGUCUUUGGUUUUAUCUUCAAACCCCAGUGGCAUCUUUUCCAAUACAAGUGAGAUGUUUAGUAAUAUUAUCCAAGGUUAUGCUGAGAAUUUCCUAUUACAAAAUGCUGUUGCUUUGUAUAAUAAGGCAGUGAAUCAAGGGUUGGAACUCUCAUGUUCAUGUUACCAAGCUCUAUUGAAUCUAUUAGUUGAGGAGGAUAAUUCUGAAUUGGCAAUAAGAGUCUAUAUGGACAUGAUGGAGUCUGAAUUUGGGUUAUGGGCUGAAGGCCGGCUGCUUGAUUAUGUUGUGGGAUCUUUAUGCAAGGAUGGGAAGACUUUUGAAGCUGUAAAAAUCCUAAGGCAAGCAAGGACUGCUGGUUUUAAAGCAAACCCUGGUACACUUGAUGCAGUUGUUCUAGGAUACUGCUGUAAAAAGGACUAUGAAGAUGUCUUAAAUUUUAUGAAAGAAUGGGCACACAUACCUUCAUCUUCUGUAGUUAACAAAGUAAUUUCUUCUAUCUGCAGAAAGCUUGGUAGUGAUUAUGCUUGGUUCUUUACUCAAGAGUUGAAGGCUUUACGUGCUCAGAUAGACCAUAUUACCUUUGGAAUUCUUAUUGUUCGGAGCUGUAAAGAAAGAAAGCUGAGAGAUGCUUUCAUUUACUUAUCUGAAAGUUUUUCUCAUAGGAUAAAAUUGAAUGUGUACACUUAUAAUGCAAUUAUUGGUGGGGUUUUGAAGGAGGGAAUGUGUAAGGCUGCAAAAGAUAUUUUUGAGGAGAUGGUUGAGAGAGAGAUCUUGCUGGAUCUAUCUACUUUGAAAAUCUUGCUGGCUGGGUAUUGCAAGUAUAGAAAGUUUAUUGAGAUAAAGAAUUUACUCACUGAGGUGGAAAAUUCUGGUGUUAUUUCCUUACCUCAAGGGGAGGAGGAUCAUCUUUCUAAGGCCUUUAAGAUUCUGGGCAUUGAUUAUCUAGGUUUGAAGGUUAAGAGGGAUAAUGAUGCUAGAGUUCCAAAAGCUGAAUACUUUGAUAUCCUUGGCAAUGGGCUUUAUUUAGAAACUGAGAAUUGUGAAUUUGAAAAGAUUCUUGAUAAGAUUCUAGAGGAUGCCAUGAGUCCAGAUUUUGGUUCUAUAUUAUAUGAGGAAUGCCAACAGGGAAAUCUAGAAAAAGCACUUAGGGUGAAAAAUGAAGUUGUUCAAUGGGGGCAUGAUCUUUUUCCUGAGACUUGUUCUCAGUUCUUGAAAGUGAUGUGUAAAUCCUCUUCUCAUUUGAAAGAAGCCAUCAGUUUUCUUGAUGAGGAGCCAGAAUUAUGGGAUCGGCUCGAUGGCGAUACUCUUAAUCUAGUUGUGCAGUCUUUAAGCAAGAAUGGCAUGACACUCAGGGCAAGGUCAGUUCUGGACAGGAUGCUGAAAAUAGAGUUACCGGUCGAUAAUGCUAGUUACAAUGCUGUGAUAUUGGGUUUCUACAAUGAGAAGAAUCUUCGACGACUUCGGGAAUAUUUGGAAUUACUCAAGGGAAUAAACUACUCACCAUGCUCCAACGACAUCAACAUCCUUGUGAGUUGUUUAUGCAAUUCAGGAAUGGUUGAAGAUAUGUUCAUGCUUUUUGAUAGCGUGACAGAGAAAUUUCAUGAUCUGGUACCAUCAUUUGUCACUGCAAUUCUGAAAGAGUUUAGUUCUAGAGGAAUUUCGGUUAUUGGAACUGUGUUUCUCGAGGAAGUUUUUAAGAGGAUUGAAGUUUUGGGCCAAUCAUUCCUUAUGAAUCUGACAGAAACUAUAUGCCAAAAAUCAUAUCAAUUCUUAUUGCAUUUUUUGAUAAGUUCUGGUAGAACUGAAGAAACUCUAUUUUUGAAGCAACAGGCCCUGAGCAGAAGGGGAGGUCAUGCUAAUUGUGUUUAUGGUGUAAUGCUGAAUGAAUUUUGCAUGAAGGGAAAUCUAAGGGAAGCAACUUCUCAGUUGCAAGAAAUGUUAGCAAAUAGAAUGUUUCCUGAUGAUAAAAUUUUAAACGCCUUUGUUCAUGGAUUCUGCCGGCAGAAUAAUCUGAAGAAGGCACUUGAGAUUUUGGCUAUCAUGUUAAGAACUCAUGCUAACCUUUCAAUUUCUAGCUAUCGCUGCCUUGUUCGUGGAUUGUGUGUUCACUCAGUGUUAAAUGGUGCGUUAAAUCUUCAAAAACUAUUUCUAGUUGAAAAUGGCCCAAAUUCAACUUUAGUAUUUCAAAACAUUCUGAUUUUUUCUCUCUUUCAGACAAAAAAUUAUUCACUUGUUGAUGCCUUGUUAGAUAACAUGCGGGAGAAACAUUUACUUCGGGAUACUAACACUUGUAAUUUCCUUGUUUAUGGAUACUAUAAGUUUGGAAUUGUGUCCAAAGCAGUUGAGGUCUUCUAUGAUAUGAUGGGCCAUGGAAUGAGACCGAAUAAUCGUAGUUUUAGAAUCAUAAUUUGCCAUUUUUGCAGGCAUGGGGAGCUUAACAAAGCACUAGAACUGAGUAAUAUGAUGGUAAACAAUGGCUGGAAGAUUGGUUCUUGUAUUCAAAAUUGCCUAGCCAUGAGUCUGAUUUCUUCUGGCCAGCUUUCUGAAGCACUAAUCCUUUUGGACCGAAUAGAGGAACAAGAGUUGAUAGCUGAACGUGUCUGCUAUGACCUUCUAAUUAAAGAAUUGAGUGCUGGAGGGAAAGUAAAGAAGGCAGCCCAUCUGUUGAAUAUAAUGUUGAAGAAGGGUAGCCUUCCAAGUCAAACCAGUUACAUUUCGGUAAUCCAUGGAUUCUGUAUCCACAAAGCCUAUGAUGAGGCACUUGAUUUUUAUGAAGAAAUGUUUCAGAAGGGCCUUGUGCCAAGUGAGGCUUUCAGUGCUACACUGAUAUGUUACUUGACUGAGUGUGGCCGAAGUGAUGAUGGUAGAAGGAUAUUAGGUUUAAUGCUUCAAUUUGGUCUAGUUCCAGCUUGCAGAAUGUACAAUUCUGUUAUUAGAGCUUAUUAUGCUGAAAACAAUAUGGAGAAGGCUUCAGAACUUGUGCAGGAAAUGCAGAAAGCAGGAUAUUCCCCUAAUUUUGAGACUCAUUGGUCACUUAUAAGCAAGUUAAGUGGCGCUGCCGUGAAGGAGAAUUACAAGGGUUUUCUGUCUAGUCUGCUAUAUGGGGAUGGCCUUCCAGUAAAGAAUAGGAAGCAAAGAGGUGUUUCAUAAUGACAGCCCUUGGUGGCCUCUCAAAUGCAUCCAGCGAGCUUGCACGAUAGAGAGAAGAAAAUAUUUAUGGGGGAGAGAGAGAGGUAGUUCAGGUGAAGCAGAAGAAGGGAGAGGCUCCGAUAAGAAAAGUUGCCUCAAGGAAAGAUGAGAGAAAAAUUAUCUGAGGCAGCUAUUGGAGUCCUCAAGACAGGAAUAACAGAGGGAAACUUGUAUUCUCAUUGGUGUCAGCAAAUGGUUGAAUGCCUUAUUCUUGAUUUGCAGCAGAAAGAAAGGAGGUUUGUAUUUCUUUCUCAAAUCUCAUCUUAAAAUUGACAAAUCUUUACUUUAUCUCCUAAUAUGCAAAGAAGGUUCUUCAAUAAUUCAAUCUUUGUGCGGCUUUGCACAUCAGCUUGAUUGAA